GCGCUCGCGGGCGCGCGGCCCGCGGCGGCGGCCGGCGCGGCGGCCACGCGCGCGCGGCUGGAGGAGGCAGCGUCCUCGCUGGACUCGCUGCUGGGCCGCUACGAGGACGUCAAGCAGAAGCGCCAGGGGGACGUCGUCCGGACCGCCGUGAACGGCAGGGCCUCGCCCGCCCUGGCCGUGCAGCUGCAGGGCUCCGCCAUGGCCCGCGACGCGGAGGACCCGGUGGCCUUCGCGGACGCGCUGGAAGACUACCUCUCAUGCAGGACCCAAGUUGAUGCUUACGUGGUCUUCCUUCCUCCCACCCCUCCGCGUUCGCGAAGUCCGGGAACUGGAAGGUCAACACCCCGGAGAACUACCUGGAGCAGGCGCGGGUCGAGGUCGUGAAGAUGCGCAAGGACCUCGACGCGAUGCUGGAGUCGCUCGGCUAGAGGCCCUCGUGUACGGUCUUCAGCGGGCAUGUGCGAGUGACUGGCUGGAGGCGUCACCGGGCUUGCCCCCUCGAGCUCGCAGUGCUGGCGUCACUGCCCCCGCGGCUUCGAGAGCUGCCAUGCGUCUGGUCGCAGCAGUUUGAAAAUGCCUCCGGGCCGUCCGGGGGCUCG